AGAGUGGUUUUUCCCGCAACAGCGCGCGCGCGCGUGUGUGAGAGAGAGUUGAGCGCGUGGACUUACUCGGCUCACGCCCGUUUGGUGGAUGAAGCGCCGCGCGCACGAACCGGCUCCGUGAGGAUCUCACGCGCUCGUGCACACCGUGUCUGCGGCGGGAGUGUGUGUGUGUGUGUGUGGCGCAUUAUUAUUAUUAUUAUUCCAGCACGCGGAGGGAUAAAGAAAUGAUUUCUCCUGAACCGGGAGCGCGCGCGGUGUAAAGAAUGCGCGCGGCGGAGGAGCGCGAGCGACACACCGGGAGAGAAGCGCGAGCGCUGAGUGACGCGGACACGGCGGAGUUCCAGGCGCGCGCUGGCUGACCGUCUGGGAACCACAGCUGGACAUUUUCUGUUGCGCACACACACACACACACACACACACACACACACUACUGCAGAAUCUGAAACACAAGCGGGCGAGACGGACCUGCAGACACACACACACACGCACACACACGCGCAUUCCCGCAGUCCCUCCGUGUCCGUGUGUGUGACCGGCGGUGAGGAUGCAGGUGUCGUUCGCGUGCACGGAGCACAACCUGAAGAGCCGGAGUGAGGACCGGUUAUGCGGGCUGCGCGCGGCCCCGCCGCCGGGGGGCAGCAGCGGGGGCGGGGGGGGCUCAGGGGGCGGCGGGGGCUGUGGGGGAGGGGUGGAGCGCAGCAGCGUGCAGGUCAGCAACGGGAAUUACGCACCGCAGAACUCCGUGAAAAUCCGCGACGUCACCGGGUCACGAGGUGUGACGCAAGGCCACGCCCACAUGAAGGAGGCGUUUGGCCGACACAGCAACAUGAAGUACAGAAAUUUGGGGAAAUCAGGCCUCCGCGUGUCGUGCUUGGGCCUCGGGACGUGGGUGACGUUCGGCUCGCAGAUUUCGGACGAGAUGGCAGAGAGCCUGAUGACCAUAGCGUAUGAGAACGGUGUGAACCUGUUUGAUACGGCCGAGGUGUACGCUUCAGGCAGAGCUGAGGUCACUCUAGGUAAUAUAAUUAAGAAGAAAGGAUGGAGGAGAUCCAGUUUUGUGGUUACGACCAAAAUCUACUGGGGAGGACAGGCGGAGACAGAGAGAGGCUUGUCCAGAAAACACAUCAUCGAAGGUCUUCGAGGCUCUUUAUCGAGACUGCAGCUGGACUAUGUGGACAUCGUCUUUGCAAAUCGGAACGAUGUGAACAGUCCAAUGGAAGAGGUGGUGCGCGCGAUGACGUUUGUCAUAAACCAAGGCAUGGCCAUGUACUGGGGGACGUCCCGCUGGAGCGCUAUGGAGAUAAUGGAGGCGUACUCUGUUGCUCGACAGUUCAAUCUGAUCCCCCCGGUGUGUGAACAGGCCGAGUAUCACUACUUCCAGAGGGACAAGGUGGAAGUGCAGCUGCCCGAGCUCUACCACAAAAUCGGUGUGGGGGCGAUGACCUGGUCUCCGUUGGCGUGUGGUUUGAUCACCGGGAAAUACAGUGACGGAGUUCCAGAAUGUUCUCGAGCUGCAAUGAAAGGCUAUCAGUGGCUGAAGGAGCGCGUUCACAGUGAAGAAGGCCGCAGACAACUGGCUAAAAUCAAAGAGCUCCACCUGCUGGCGGACAGGAUCGGUUGCACCGCCGCACAGCUCGCUAUCGCCUGGUGUUUGCGCAGUGAAGGUGUUAGUUCUGUAUUGUUGGGCGUCUCAAACACAGAUCAGCUACUGGAGAACUUAGGAGCACUUAGGGUUCUCUCUCAGAUGACUCCUCAGACGGUAAGCGAGAUCGACGCUCUGCUGGGGAACAAGCCUCACUCCAAGAAAGAGUCGCGCGCGUGAGGACAGGACGAGACGGCGAGAAUGAGCUGGCGAGGACCGAGUGCGACCGGGACGAACAGACGGCUUUCGCUUCCUCCCCUUCCUGUGUACUCCAUCUCCCUGCAUGGCUCCCGCAAACCACCGGGCUUCCAGAACGAUCUGAACCAAACCCACUCCUGAUCUUUUAUACACGUGUUCCAGACACAUCGCUAUGACGAUAACUAAGGAGAGUUUUUACUCCCGCGUCGAGAAAAAAAUUAGACAAAUAUUUUAAUGAGAGAGAACAUCAUGUCUUCCAGGUG